AUGGACGUCGCGCUGCUCCUCGCCGUCGGGCUGCUGGCCCAGAGCUUGGGCCUGUCCUUGGGGGUCCCUCGGCAGAGGAGGCCCAGUACCCUCCACCCCUGGCACCGGGCCCCCGCGCUGGGCCGCGUGCGAAGAGCCUGGGUCAUCCCCCCCAUCAGUGUGUCCGAGAACCACAAGCGUCUCCCAUACCCCCUGGUGCAGAUCAAAUCGGACAAGCAGCCACUGGGCAGCGUCAUCUACAGCAUCCAGGGUCCUGGUGUGGACGAGGAGCCCCAGGGCGUGUUCUCCAUCGACAAGUUCACGGGGAAGGUGUUCCUGAACGCCAUGCUCGAUCGGGAGAAGACAGACCACUUCCGGCUGCGGGCCUUUGCUCUGGACCGGGGAGGAGCCGCUCUGGAGGAGCCCACGGACCUGGAGAUCGUGGUCGUGGACCAGAACGACAACCGGCCCGUCUUCCGGCAGGAGGCGUUCACGGCCCGGGUGCUGGAGGGGGCCGUCCCAGGCACCUAUGUGACCAGGGCCGAGGCCACAGAUGCUGACGACCCGGAGACCGACAAUGCAGCCCUGCGCUACUCCAUCCUAGAGCAGGGCGGUGCCCAGGUGUUCAGCAUCGAUGAGCUCACAGGGGACAUACGCACCGUGCAAGUGGGUCUGGACCGUGAGGUGGUCGCCGUGUACAAUCUGACCCUGCAGGUGGCGGACAUGUCUGGAGACGGCCUCACUGCCACGGCCUCGGCCAUCAUCACCCUCGAGGACAUCAAUGACAAUGCCCCUGGGUUCACCGGGGACGAGUUCUUCAUGGAGGUCACAGAGGCGGUCACCGGAGUGGACGUGGGGAGGCUCGAGGUGGAGGACAGGGACCUGCCAGGCUCCCCCAACUGGGCGGCCAGGUUCACCAUCCUGGAGGGCGACCCCAGCGGACACUUCACUGUCCGCACAGACCCCAAGACCAACGAGGGUGUGCUGUCCGUGGUGAAGCCUCUGGACUACGAGCGCCGGGACCAGUACGACCUCAUUGUGGCAGUGCAGAACGAGGCCCCCCUGCAGGCGGCGGCCCCCAGGGCCCAGCGGGGCCAGGCCAGGAUCCACGUGCAAGUGCAGGACGUCAACGAGGCGCCCGUGUUCCAGGAGAACCCGCUGCGGACCAGCCUGCCCGAGGGGGCGCUCCCAGGAACCCCCGUGGCCACCUUCUCUGCCCAAGACCCUGACACUCAGCAGCUGCAGAGGCUCAGCUACUCCAAGGACUACGACCCAGAGGACUGGCUGGAAGUGGACGGAGCUACAGGCUGGGUCCAGACCCAGCGAGUGCUCAGCCCCGCGUCCCCUUUCCUCAAGGACGGCUGGUACAGAGCCAUUAUCCUGGCUCGGGACGAUGCCUCCCCACCCUGCACGGCCACUGGGACCCUGUCCAUCGAGAUCCUGGAGGUCAAUGACCACGCCCCUGAGCUGUCCCCACCAUCUGGUAGCGUGUGCAGCAAGCCAGAGCAGGGCUCUGGCCUUCUCCUGGGGGCCACGGAUGAGGACCUGCCCCCCCACGGGGCCCCCUUCCACUUUCAGCUGAGUCCCCGGGUCCCCGAGCUGACCCGGAACUGGAGCCUCAUCCAGGUUAAUGUGAGCCACGCGCGCCUGCGUCUGCGCCACCAGGUCCCGGAGGGCCUGCACCGCCUCAGCCUGCUGCUCCGGGACUCAGGGCAGCCACCCCAGCAGCGUGAGCAGCCCCUGAACGUGACGGUGUGCCGCUGCGCCCAGGACGGGGUCUGCCUGCCAGGGGCCGCGGCCCGGCACGCAGGGGGCGCGGGUGUCAGCCUGGGCGCCCUGGUCAUCAUGCUGGCCAGCAUCGUCCUGCUCCUCCUGCUUGCCCUGCCGGUGGCCCUCGUCACACGGUCCCGGCGGCCGUCUGCGGACAAGGGAUUUCUGCACGGGCCACAGGAUGACCUCCGGGACAACAUCCUCAACUACGACGAACAGGGAGGCGGAGAAGCGGACCAGGACGCCUACGACAUCAACCAGCUGCGCCACCCUGCAGAGCUGGCCGCCCUGCGUGACCCCCUGGGACGGCCGCCGCUGCGCCGAGACGCCCCGUUGAGCCGCGUGCGCCCCCAGCCCCCGCGCCUGCUGCCCACCAGCCCUGCCGACAUCGCCGACUUCAUCAAUGACGGCUUGGAGGCGGCAGACAGUGACCCCAGUGUCCCGCCCUACGACACAGCUCUCAUCUAUGACUACGAGGGCGAUGGUUCUCUGGCAGGGACGCUGAGCUCCAUCCUGUCCAGCCUGGGGGACGAGGACCAAGACUACAGCUGCCUCUGGGCCUGGGGCCCCCGCUUCGCCCGGCUGGCUGACUUGUACGGACCCCCGUGAGGGCCGGACCGAGGGCUGGGGCAAGGCACUUUCUCAUCAGACCUGUGCCUGCUCUGCUGAGGGCACAGCCUGGACAGGGACGGCAGACGUCCUUCCCAGGACGGGCAGCCUGACCUCAGGGGCCUGGCACUGCGGCUGCAGAGGUGGGCAGGGGGUACCCCGCUCCGUCCCUGA